UUCACCAAGAAGAGCAGAAGAAAACCAGUUUCCUGUACCAUUAAGCUUGCUCUUCUCAGCCUCCAUUAAACUCCAAUUCAAUCCUUAGAAGAAAUGGCUUGCCAGUUAAACGAAGGAAGAAGCAACAGCUUCUUUCAGAGAUGCAAGCCUUACAUAGCCAUGAUCUCGCUUCAAUUUGGCUAUGCGGGCAUGAAUGUCAUCACCAAAGUCUCACUUAAUCAUGGCAUGAGCCACUAUGUAUUAGUUGUUUACCGCCAUGCCUUCGCCACUCUCUCCAUUGCCCCCUUCGCCCUCAUCCUCGAAAGAAAAGUUAGAACCAAAAUCACAUUCACCAUGUUCUUGCAAAUAUUUGCUCUGGCUUUGCUUGGGCCAGUGAUAGACCAAAACUUCUACUAUGCCGGGCUCAAAUUUACUUCCCCAACGUUCUCUUGUGCCAUGAGCAAUAUGCUUCCUGCUAUGACCUUCGUCAUGGCUGUGAUUUGCAGGAUGGAGAAGGUGAACCUUAAGAAGGUGAUAUAUCAAGCUAAGGUAGUUGGAACUGUUGUGACUGUGGCUGGAGCAAUGAUGAUGACACUUUACAAAGGCCCCCUCGUCCAGCUUUUCUGGACACGGUAUAUUCAUAUUAACCAAGCCAGUGCUCCACCGUCGGCUUCCAUGGCUUCCGACCAGGACUGGGUUAAGGGCUCCAUUUUCCUCAUCAUAGCAACCUUUGCUUGGGCUUCUCUUUUCAUUCUCCAGGCUGCAACUCUGAAGAAGUAUACUGCUCAACUCACCCUCACCACAUUGAUCUGCUUUGUGGGAACCUUACAAGCCAUUGUUGUCACUCUUGUCAUGGAAAGAAGCAAGCCUUCGGUAUGGAACAUUGGCUGGGACAUGAACCUGCUUGCCGCUGCAUACGCUGGUAUAGUUACUUCAAGCAUCGCAUAUUAUGUGCAAGGACUGGUUAUUCAGAAGAAAGGUCCCGUAUUUGCGUCAGCCUUCAGCCCUUUGAUGAUGAUCAUAGUGGCCGUCAUGGGCUCCUUUGUUCUUGCUGAAAAUAUAUACAUGGGAGGGGUUCUUGGUAGUGUUCUGAUUGUGGGAGGGCUGUACUCUGUUCUAUGGGGAAAAUACAGAGAGAGCAAAGAGAACAAAGAGAAGGAAUCCAUGACUCUGCCUCUUGAAGCAGUGAAGGGUGUCCUUGAAGGAAAUGCAAUGAUCCUGGAAUUGGAAGUUGACGAAGUGGAGAUUGAAAAGGCAAAAGCCAACAACAAGAAGAUGAUAUCAUCCUCUUCCAUUGAUUCUGUCGUAGUUCCAGUUGCAGAGCCGGUGCCAGAUGUUCUCAUGAAGGUGAAGCAGGAACUGAAGAGUUAGAAGCUUGGUAAAAUUUGAAUUUGGUGAGGAGAGAAAGAGAGAGAUAGAGAGCUUGGAGAAGCAGGCUCUCGAGUGGCUAAACAAAAUGAGAGGUUACUGUUCUAAGGGAAAGGAGGGGCUUUUCCCUGACCUUUUUUUCUCAAGUUUUUUUUUUUUUUUCACUGUUCCUUUCCAUUUUUAUGUAAUUGGCCUGCUUAUUGCUGUCUUUGAAGGCAUAUUACAGAUUGGCCUGAAGUGAAAGAAGAGCUCUCGAACUCUUUAUUUAGUAAUGCUCUCUGUAAUCUCUGUUUCAAGGCAUAUAAGAACGCGUUUAAGGCUUUUAAGUAA